AUGAAUUCUACCAGUGAUGACUUAUUAGAGGUGAUUGAUGUCUCCGAAGGAGAAAAUGAUGUCAAUCCUGACCAUAGUGAUCAAAAUGACCUGACUGACUCCGGUUUAACGACCACCGAUUCGUUGGUGUAUGAUAGGCAAAUUAGACUUUGGGGACUUCAGGCUCAAAAGAAGAUAAUGAACUCAAAGGUUCUGUUUCUGGGUAAAAACGGGAUCCAAGAGGAGUGCAUGAAGAACCUAUUGUUGGCUGGCAUGAACGUCACCCUCAUAAACGAACACCUAGUCUCCGAACAGGACGUUAAGUUCAGUUUUUUUCUUAAAUCCGAAGACGUUGGCAAGCAACACUCUGUGACUCUGUGUAAAAGAAUGGCCAGUCUCACGACAAAUGAAAAACGAAUCUCUGGAUUAAGUUCUAAGUUUCUUGGGGAUGAUGGUGGAUAUAAAUUUGUUGACAUGGAGCUCUUGAAGAGUUUCAAUGUUAUUUGUGUCUCAACUAAUGACUAUCCACUCCAUAAACUUCCUAAAUUCCCUAGGAGGUGUGAUCCGGUCGUAGCUAGCUUCUUUAGCCUAAUCAUGCUACUGAAAACAAAGGACCUCAGCGACUUUGGAGACGACGACCUUGAAGCGGCAUCUGAAAAAUACAAUGGAAGGAAAGAAACGCUAAAGUUGGUUACAUCUCUUACUUAUUUGCCACACAUUGCAAAAUUAAUCACUACUAAUCCAGGCAAAUGGUCGAUAUGUAUGGAAGGGAGUUCCCAGUGA